CGAAACACGCAGUUCGCAACCCAUAGGUGGAGCAUGAUGUCUGUCUUCCGGCCAGGGUUAUUUGAGGGCAAAGUAACAAUUGUCACUGGCGGUGGUACGGGUAUUGGAAAGGCAAUUGCGAGAGAAUUACUCUACCUUGGCAGUAAGGUUGUUAUUGCCUCUAGAAAUGAGGAAAGACUGAAAAGAACGGCUGAGGAAUUGUGUCGCUAUGUACAACCGUCGAGUACUGGAGAGGUGAAAGUAGUUCCUUGCAAUAUUAGAGACGAAAAACAGGUAACAAACUUGAUGGAGGAAACCCUCUCUUCCUAUGGUAAAAUCGACUUCCUUGUCAACAAUGGGGGUGGUCAGUUUAUGUCACCUGUGGCAAACAUGUCUUUGAAGGGUUGGAAAGCUGUGGUUGACACAAACUUGAAUGGGACAUUUCUGUGCUGUAAAGAAGCAUUCAGAUUGUGGAUGUGCAAAAAUGGUGGUUCAAUUGUAAACAUCAUUGUGGACAUGAGCAAGGGUUUCCCAGGAUUGGCACAUAGUGGUGCAGCUCGAGCAGGAGUUCACAACUUGACCAUGAGCCUAGCUGUUGAAUGGAUACGUUUUGGAGUUAGGAUCAACUGUGUGGCACCAGGUGUGGUGUACUCUGACACUGCUGCACAGAACUACCCUGACCCUGAGCUGUUUCAAAGGAUGGCCAAUAUGUUACCAGCCAAAAGAUGUGGAACCACAGCAGAAGUAGCUGGAGCUGUCAGCUUUCUCCUCUCCCCAGCAGCAGCUUACGUAACAGGAACUACAAUUGAUGUGGAUGGUGCAUCAAGUAAAGUGUUUGUUAGUAACAUACCAACAGCAGAUGAGUGCUCUCUGCCAGAAUUCACUUGGAAAGAUGAUAGUAUUCCACCUUCAAAGUUGUAAUCUUUUCCUUACUGAAAAAAAAUUCAUUCACAGUUUUAGAGUUUGGUUAAGCUACAAAAUUAAGAAAAAAACAUUUUGUAUCAUGUGUAAUUAUACAUGGCAAAAUCUUCUAAUCCGAGAAUCAGUAACAUUGGGGCAAAAAAGUUACACAGUUUCAUGGAAUUUAUAGGCGGAAGAGUACAGUAAUAUUAAAUGGCAGGGUAGUCCUGAGGUAAAUCCGAGCGUUCUGAUUGGUUCCCACUUGGUCCGUAUCCUGCCAUACGGACGGUUUUCACGGAGAAGGUCAGAAAGCUGGCAAAUUCAAACUGAACAAGUUUUGUACGAGUGCCGUGUGAUAAACAACUUACUGACCUCGCUCGCUCGAGCCGCAGUUCGUUUUGUAAGUAGUUAAUAUAUUGGAAAUGAUCUUGAGGUUACAAUUGUUUGAAAAUAGAGUCUAUCGAUCAGAGAAGAAAAGAAAGCAGAAGGUCGCUAACUUAUGACGCUGGAAACACAUUAGGUCACAUUAAAGUCCACUUUUGUUCCUUG